AUGUUCUUCUCGCAAGGAGCAGAAUUUGAGUUUGAGGAAACAUUCAUGGUCAUCAAUGGCCACGAUGUCUCGCUUCCUACCUUUAUAUCGUACGUUCUGGACUGGGCAUUCUACAUCGUUAUUCUCUUGGGGGGCAUAUUUUACGGAGUGCUUGGAACGCCGCGGACAAGCGAUUUUGAUGUCCGAGACACAUCAAUCAUGCACACGUACGUUCAGGAGGCAAAGACCUUAGCCCCGAUAUGGCUGCUUGUGGUCAUGGCCAUUAUGGUGCCGAUUUUGGCGGUGGUUCUAGCAGGCUCUGUGGUCACCAAACUUCCACCUUCUCGCAAGGCGUGGGAUAUCCACUGCGCACUGCUCGCAAUGCUAGGCGCAUCUGCGUUUCAGUUGUUUACUGUGGUUAUUCUGAAAAACGUUUCUGCGCUUCCUCGUCCCGACUUUCUCACGAGAUGUGUUCCCUUCACGUUUGCUUCGCAGCAGCCGGGCUCGCUGAGCACUAUCGGGAUCUGCGCGAACCCGUCACACAGACUUAUUUUUGAGGGAUUGAGAAGCUUUCCAAGCGGCCAUGCAUCGACAAUCACCACGACAUCCACUGUCCAGUUUCUGUUCACCGCAGGUAAACUAAAUCUGUUCGACGGGAGGGGUCUCUCCGGCAAAAACAUCAUCUCCUUGAUGUAUCCUAUUAUCAUCUCGUGCACUGUUGGAUUUUCCAGAGUUUCUGACAACAGACAUUUUGUUCGAGACGUGGUGGCAGGAAUGUGCGUGGGAAUUUUGUACGGCGUACUUUUCUACUCCCUGUACUUCCCUUUCCCGCUGAUUGCUGAAAAUCUUGGAAGAGCAUACUUGCCCCGCAGAUUUGGUGUGAACGACUUAUUCAAUGGAGUUGGGGGAUUCUGGAAAGUACCAGAUCUGCCUGGCGCCCCAGCAGACAGAACAGAAGUCCCUGGUUACUACCAGGAACAAAAUCCAAAAGACCAGGCCGCAGUGCCAUCACCUCAAACAGAGCAAAAACCCCCACCUACUAGGAUUAGCAUCGACACAUCCAAGGUCACCACCAAACUCAAUGAUCUGGCACAAUCGUUGCGGAAAUGA